AUGGCAGUAUCUGGACGUGCAGAGGCACUCUGUCUUUCGACGUCUGCCGUGCAGCGUGCUGCUGCUCCUCCCUCGUUCACCGCGUCCGCGCCCCUCGCUCGCAGCGAACUCGACCGCAACGGUCAGGGUCUGCUGAGCACGGCGGCAUUCAAGCAGGAGACAGCCGUUGCGCCAGUGAUCGAUACUCACAACGACCGGGGAUUUCAAAUUGGCGCUGCCGCGCACAAUCAUUUCUCCAAUCCAUCACAUGACGGUCCGCGCUUGAUAGGAGUUAUCGUUGAUACAGACAGGCGACCAAAGGCCCAAGAUUAG